AUGAUUCCAAACGGCACUCGAACCAUCCUUCCUCUGUCCUCACUCCUUCCCAUCUCCCCCUUCCUCCCAACCACAUCAGGACACUCCAAACAAAACAAGGUAGGCAGCACACCCCACAUCCAAGACAAGAACAUCCCCAAUUCCAACCUCGGAAAGAUGCAGAGCAUGUUCUACUUCGACGGGGAGCUAAUCCCAGAACCCGAGUACGAUCCCCGCCAGGUCAGCAACUGGGUGAACGUCUACAUCAAGCCACGGGACUCCCACUCUGAUGACGAGACUCUCAUGCGCACAGUCGCAGCUUACAUCCGAACCAGCACCGCUUCCAUCUCCGUCCAUGCCAAGCAUCAUGAUCACCCACUGUGCGUCUCUAUCAAGGUGCCCGGAGAUUACCAUUCCAACAAGGCGUCUAUUCUCGCGGCGGCCGAGCUGCAGGCUGACUACUAUUGCCAGGAGAUUCGGAAUGGGAGAGUGCGGAUUAAUCGGGCUUUGCUUUUCAGGCCUCAGGUGCAAGAUCAGUGUUGA